AUGAAACAAAUACUCUUUGUAGCACUCAUUUGCUCUGCACUUGCGUUCAGAGGAAGACAUGAGAAGCCAAUUGAAGACUCACAAGUCCCAGAAGGUUCAAUAGCACCACCCGAGUUCCCACAUGAUGACCACAACCACGGUCCUCACUUCCCACAUCCGCCACACGUGCCUUGUGAAGAUGGAAGUGAGUCUUGUGACUCAACCAUCCCACCACCUUUCCCACCAAAAGACGGUUCAGAUGUGCCAUUUGGUUCAGAAGUCCCACACUUCCCACCACACCAUCCACAUGAUGACAACUCAACUGCUCCUUUUGAAGGAUCAAUGGACUCUCGUGUCCCUGCACCUUUUCCAUUUGGUCCAAAACAUCCAGAACACAACAACCACAUUCAGAAGGACCCAAGAGAAAACAAACCAAGACGUGUUGUUCAACAAAUGAAAGCAAGGUUCUAA